AAACACCAGCCAAAGAACCAACUGUAUCCGAACAGGUUCCUUCGAAAAGUAAAAACCACACAAUCAUGAUUGCCUCUAUAGCGUCAAGUGCUGGGAUUAUCAUCUUCAUAUUAGCGGUGGUAGCAGGCCUAUGGAGCAGUAGAAGGAAGAGACAACAAGAGAUCCAAAAUAGUUCAUUGGAGUUGGAGGAUGGUCGACGCUUUAUGUACUCGGAGCUUGUAAAGAUUACCAAUAAUUUUGCAUCGCCAAUUGGAGCAGGUGGGUUUGGAAAAGUCUAUCAUGGUAUUCUGGAAAAUGAUAUUCAAGUUGCUGUCAAGUUACUUGUCUCCGCAUCAGGCUCCAGUGAAUUUCAAAAUGAGGUUAAGCUAUUGAUGAGAGCUCAUCAUAGAAAUGUGGUUUCCUUCACUGGCUACUGCUAUGAUGGAAAGACUAUGGCACUUGUAUUUGAAUAUGUUGCCAAUGGAAAUUUACAUCAACAUUUAACAGCUUCAGAUGUGGAUACAGGAAGCAUUUUGACUUGGAAGGAGAGACUUCAAAUCGCAGUGGAUGCAGCACAAGGACUGGAUUAUCUACAUAAUGGUUGCAAGCCUCCCAUAAUCCACAGAGAUAUAAAAACCUCCAAUAUAUUGUUAACUGAAAAGAUGCAAGCCAAGAUAUGUGAUUUUGGUGUUUCCAAACUUCUUUCAACUGAAACCGCCACUCAUACCAUGACAGAUCAUGUCAGAGGAACUCGAGGAUACUUUGAUCCUGAAUACUACACCACAGGAAAGCUGAACAAAAAGAGUGAUAUAUACAGCUUUGGUAUUGUGUUGCUAGAGCUAAUCACCGGCAGAACAGCAAUAAUAGAAGAUGUAGAACCCGAACCUGUUCACAUAUGUCGAUGGGUGAGGCCUAUGUUUCAGAGAAGAGAUAUUGAAAGUAUAUUGGAUUCAAGGAUCCAACCAGGGACUUACAACGUUUCCUCUGCUUGGAAGGCGGUAGAAAUUGCCAUGGAAUGUGUGUCAUCAACAGCUAUCGAAAGACCAGAUAUCAAUGUUGUGUAUAAGGAACUGAAGGAAUGUUUGGAAAUUGAGGUUCCACCUGAAAUAGCAAAGGUUCCAGAGGUUGAUGAUGAGAGUGAUGAUUGCAGUACUAAUUCAGUGUUUCUUUUCACAUGGCGUCCCACACUGAGUCUGAAAGCUUCUUAGUUCAUAUGAAGUCACACAAGUCUGAAACUAAAAGGCAUACGUGUUAGUUAUUCUUGCACUGUUAAAAUAAGAUUGGAAUUA